CACAAAUCUUGUUUAUAUCCGAUCUAGAGAGAGCUGAUGAGCAGCCUAAUCUUCAUCAAUGGCGUUAAAGAUAACCAAGAUCUCCCAAGUCAACCCAGCAAGAAACUCCUCUCAUGACUCAUCCGACCCACUUAUUUACCCACUCACGUUCUUCGACUUACGGUGGUUAAAAUUUCAUCCAACCGAAAGAGUCAUCUUCUACAAACUCAAUACAUGUUCAUCGCCCGAGGCCUUCUACUCUGUGAUCCUCCCCAAGCUUGAGCACUCUCUCUCUCUCGUCCUUCGUCACUACCUCCCGCUCGCAGGCCGCCUCACGUGGGAUCCACAAGAUCCUAAGCCACAUAUCGUCGUCUCCCCCCACGACUCUGUCUCAUUGACAGUUGCCGAGAGCGAUGCUUAUUUUUCCUGUAUUUCUGGAAAAGGGCUACGUCCUGAGACCGAGAUACGCGCUUUGGUGCCCAAAUCUUCGGUUUUUGGUGACUCACCGUCUCUUGUUUCAUUGCAAGUCACGUUGUUUCCUAACCAAGGGUUUUGUAUUGGUAUAGCAGCUCAUCAUUCUAGUAUGGACGGCAAAACAAUGGUUAGGUUUAUCAAAUCAUGGGCUCACAUCUGUAAACAUGGAGCCAUGGAUUUACCAAAUGAUUUAACUCCGUUUUUAGAUCGUACGGUUAUCAAUGUUCCCCCAAGUCUCGAUGCAAAAAUCUUGGAACUUUUGUCAUAUUUGUCAAAAGAGAAUGAUAGCUUCAAAACACUGAAACUGCCUCCUAUCGAGGAGAUCAGCCCCGACGUCGUCCGGGUCACGCUGGAGUUAACUCAAGAAAAUAUAGAGAAGCUUAGGGAGCGAGCCAAAAGGGAGUCAACUCGCUCUCAUCUUGAGCUUCACUUGUCAACGUUCGUUGUCGCCAACGCGUAUCUUUGGGCAUGCUUGGUGAAGACGCGUGGGGGAAAUGUGAACAGACCAGUGCGUUUCAUCUUUGUUGCUGAUUAUAGGCACCGGUUAGAUCCACCGGUUCCUGAUACGUAUUUCGGGAACUGCGUGUUCCCCGUCGGUUGCUUUGGUUACAAAGCGGAAGUAUUUUUGGAAGAAGAUGGAUAUGUCAACGCGGUUGAAAUGCUAAGUGAUUCGGUAAGAAGUAUUGGUUCACAAGAGAUUGAAACAAUUUGCAAGUUGUACAUUAAUGGAACAAAGAGUGUGGAACCGGGUACACAGGCAGGGUCAGUAGCUGGUUCGAACCAGUUUGGUCUAUACGGGUCAGAUUUCGGGUGGGGGAAACCUUGUAACAGCGAGAUUGUGUCCAUCGACCGAAACGAGGCAAUUUCUAUGUCGGAGAGGAGGGAUGAGCCCGGUGGUGUGGAGAUCGGCUUGUGUGUAAAGAAAUGUGAGAUGGAUAUAUUUCUUUCUCUAUUUCAAAAUGGUUUAGAAAUGGAGAAUUGAGAUUCUUAAGUUUGUGAGAUUUUCUUGUCUUUUGUUUAUAUUUUUGUUGUUUUGUUCGAGGUUUAUGGGAAAUGUUUUGUGGAUGCUUUAUGAUAAAAGUAUGGGUUUGUUGGCAAAAUAAUACAUUUUCAAAAUUUUAUUGGAAUUGUAGUACAUUUACUAUUUAUAUUGGAAAAAUAGAUGAGUUUUA